UGUUUAAACAAAAAAUCUGAAACUCGCAUAAGACGUUCCUCCCAAACAUCUUACUCUAUAGGAGGUAUGUGGACGACAUCCUCAUCAUGUGGAAGACAAUACCUGACAUCUCAAAUUUCGUACAAACUGUUAACGAUAAUCCCUACAGCCUAACGCUAGAAAUGGAACAAUCUAGCAAUAUUGAGGUCCACCUUUUUGAUAUAAACAUUAAAGUAGAAGGAUCCGCCAUCAUCACUUCAGUAUACCGUAAACCUUAUGCUGCCUCUAUAUACAUACCGGUAGGUUCAUCCGACCCAUUCACCUACAAGGCUGCAGCAUUUAAUACUUUGAUUAAAAGGGCCUUUUCCCACUCGUCCACCACGCAAGCCCUCAACACCGAAUUGAAUUAUAUCAAGAGGAUAGCAGCCAAGCACGGUUACCAUGGUCUAACACACCGUCUAAUUGAGCGACAUCAACACUCACAAUACACACCCACUACGCGUACGAAGACCAAUACUGACCAUGAUGAACAUACACGCCUCCCAGUCACCUUUAACCCAUACAUUAAAGCAAUAUACACUGAGAUCGCUGGAAAACAAUUACAAAUAGCCUAUAGAAGAUGCCCAACAAUCUACGACAUCCUCAGAAAUGGCAAAGGCAGUCCGGUUCGUAGCAGGCUUCCUGGCGUGUACUUUAUCCCGCUGAAAGAUAACAGAUGUAAUGAGAACCUUGUCUAUAUCGGCUCAACCAAGCGAUCUUUAAACACCAGAGUACAAGAGCAUCAAGCAGACCUUCGGCAUGGGUGGUACACCACGGCCCUAACCACCUUUGCAUCUGAUCCCGAUAUAGAACCGGAGUUCGACAAAGCUGGCAUCAUCGACACUACGCCCCACCUGGAACAUCUAAAAUGGUGGGAAGCUAUAUCCAUCUGAAAGGCUAACCACCUGACCACAUGUAUAAACCGGAAAGAUGAGAUUAAUCUUUCUAUAGCGUGGCAGGCCCUCAUAAAUGACGAUCUAUAAAUAUCAACAUCAGUGCACGAAUGCGCAUGACCGUCUUAAUGGUUUUUCGUUAUGCGAGUUUCAGAUUUUUUGUUUAAACAUCUGCAUUCUAUUUUUAGAUUCGGUUUUUUAUUUAAAUAUCUACAUUCCAUUUUUCCAAGUGUUCCGUUGGAAUUUUUUCUCUACCUGAAGAAGAGCUAUCUUGACAGCUCGAAAACGUUUGUGAAAGGAAGAUUUUUUUCACGCAAAAUUACACCAGUAACAGGUUCUGUAUUUAAUAUUUCAUUCCCGGUGUCAGAGUGAAGUUAAUUUACAAGUUUCCUUAUUGUAUUUAAACUGCUACCUAAUGGUAAUGAUGAAAUAAAUCUACUAAGGGGCUUCUGGGGUCUAUAGAAUACCAUUAAUUGAUAUAAGAUUUAACACUCACUUAGACUCUGAUAGAUUGUUAACUAUCAGAAUUAAAGAUCAUGUAUGCAACAUUCAGAAAUGGAGGUACUGUACUGGCCCAAUUUAUGAGUGAGCCUGGGGUGAGGAGAGGCAAAAAUAAUACAAAGAAUUUAUGAUGAUCAAAACUCAGAACUGCUGAAGCUGUUGAAAUUUAGACAUUAAAUCUGCUGCAAAAGCAUUGCUUGCCAUGGAUUGAAUUUUAUGUUUGUCCCUUAAAAAAUAUGUUGUAAUCUUUAAUUUUGAAAUAUUUUUUAAUUUUUGUUAACAGAACCAAGAAAGUAAGAUAUAAAAGAGGCAAAAGUAUGGCAAUUUGUCAAAAAAUGACCCCCAAGAUUUUUACAUUUUUGACUUGGGAUCUUGAAAUGUCAAGAAAUGCAAAAAAAAAACUUUGGGAUUUAUAUGGUAUGGAUGUUUGUUUGUGUGGCAUGAUUUUGUUCAUCCAAUUUAAAACUUAAUAACUCCUGUGCUUUUUGUUGAAAAGUUCUGAAAUUCUGCAGGGAGGAUUGUGUAUUACAGGGAUUGUUGCUAUUAAAUUUUGGUGGAUUUAAAUCAUAAUUAAAAAUAUGAAAAAUUUUCUAUAACGAAAUCUUAUAACCGAUGGCAUCACAAACAGUUUUAAAUGUUGCUGGGAAAGUUAAGCAACUUGUUGCUCAAUUUUUGAAAUAUGUUUUAAAAACUUUUAUUUAACAUCAUUGAAGUGUAGAAUGCUUCAUAUUUUGAAUAUUUAUGUUUGUUCAGAUUUUUGUGAAAAGUUCAUCGAAAAAAUUCUUUUAUUGAAUGUACGGUACAAGUUCAUUUAAAGGGUGUAAAAAAGUUCUUGUAAUCUGAGGAGAACCAUUAAACUUGCUGAAAACAUUUGUUUUCUUCCAUCAGGAGUCACAGCAGUGACUCCCCGACAAGUGAAAAAGUCACUGACUGACUACAUAU